UGAUCGCCGGGAGGGCCACUCUGUGAGCGCUACUGUGACUUGUGACCUCUCGCACUCGAUCUCUAUCAAUGCUGCCACAUCCCACCGGCUUGCCUCUGCAGCAUGGCUGUACACGCGAGUCACAGCGCACAGCAAGCAGCCCGACCGAACAAGGGUGCUGCUGCAGUGCGUGCUUCGACCAUCUCCCCACCACACCUUCUCGCCCCUCCUCGCCCUCUCACCUUCUCGCCCAGCUCAAGCUGUGGUCACAUUGAAGACCCAGAGCCUGCCUGCUGCAGGCACCACUCCCCAUUCGCUACAGCUGCGUCUCUUUCUGUCACAACACGGGGCCAUGGCUGCCAGGCUCGAUGCAGCCAUGGGUGAUGGAUUUACAGAUGGGGAUGCAAUAGAAGGGGCGAUGAUGGACUGUUAG